CCGGCCGGGGUCGGGAGAACCUGCCGGGGCUUCGCGAAGCUUCCCGGUAGGGGCUUCUCGGGGCGCGCGAGCCCUCCUUGUGAGGCCUGGCCUGGUCCGGUCCAGUUCGGUCUGGUCCUUAAUGGGCGGCGGCUCUUCUGGGGUUCGCUUCUUGGCCGCUGCCUGCGAGCAGCUUUGUGCUGCUUCCUUCCCGUCCCGUCGCAGGGCACAUGAAAUGGCCACAGAUGACAAAUGGUCUCCAACACUGGACUCUACCAGUGACCUACCUCGUUCUCCUAGCAGUCCAUCUCAUCUCACUCACUUCAAACCCCUGACUCCUGACCAGGAUGAGCCUCCUUUCAAGUCAGCCUACAGCUCUUUUGUAAAUCUCUUCCGUUUCAGCAAAGAUGAUGGAAGGCUUUCAUCAACAGCUGAGAGAGCAGAAGCAGGACAGAGUGAUCCCCAGGCCUUGAGUGAUGGCUGGUCCAGUCCUCAGCAUCCCACCAGGGCUCAAUCUCUGAGAUCACCAGUUCCUUACAAAAAGCAACUGACUGGUGAGCUGCAAAGAAGAUCUUCUACAACCCUGGACAGCCGAAGGAAAGUAGAGCCGCCUCUUGGAGGUCAUGAUCCCCGGACAGCUGUCCAGUUACGGAGCCUCAGCACUGUUUUAAAGCGCCUCAAAGAAAUAAUGGAGGGGAAGAGCCAGGACAGUGACUUGAAGCAGUACUGGAUGCCUGAUAGCCAGUGCAAAGAAUGCUACGACUGCAGUGAGAAAUUCACCACCUUCCGUCGGAGGCACCACUGUCGACUUUGUGGGCAGAUCUUCUGUAGUCGAUGCUGCAAUCAGGAAAUCCCUGGAAAAUUCAUGGGCUACACAGGGGAUCUCCGAGCCUGCACUUACUGCCGUAAAAUAGCCUUAAGCUAUGCACACUCCACAGACAGUAACUCCAUUGGAGAAGACUUAAAUGCUCUGUCAGAUUCUGCAUGUGCUGUGUCAGUGGAUCCUGGUGAGCCACGCACACCGGUCGGGAGCCGCAAAGCGAGCCGCAACAUCUUUCUGGAGGAGGAUCUGACCUGGCAAAGUUUGAUUCACCCAGAGCCUUCAACUACCACAUUGUCUGCACGCCUUGGGCCUGUCCAGGAGGAUGCAGGGAAGUCACCAGCUAGGAACAGAUCAUCCAGCAUCACUAACCUGUCACUGGAUCGGUCAGGCUCACCAAUGGUUCCUGCCUAUGAAACCUCUGUCAGCCCCCAGGCCAGCCGCACACACACGAAGGCAGAGACCACCGAGGAUGAGCGCAAAAUCCUUCUGGACUCAGUCCAGCUGAAAGAUCUGUGGAAGAAAAUCUGUCAUCACAACAGUGGGAUAGAGUUUCAAGACCAUCGCUACUGGCUGCGGACACAUCCCAACUGCAUUGUGGGGAAAGAGCUGGUCAACUGGCUUAUCAGAAAUGGGCACAUAACCACAAGGGCACAAGCCAUUGCAAUAGGACAGGCGUUGGUUGAUGGACGCUGGCUGGAAUGUGUCAGUCAUCAUGAUCAACUCUUCAGAGAUGAGUAUGCUCUCUACAGACCAUUACAGGGCACGGAGUUCUCAGAAACCCCAUCGCCAGACAGUGACUCUGUGAAUUCUGUAGAGGGUCACUCUGAGCCAUCCUGGUUCAAAGACAUCAAGUUUGAUGACAGUGACACAGAGCAGAUAGCUGAUGAAGGAGAAGAUAACUUAGCCAACUCCGCCAGCCCUAGCAAGCGCACUUCAGUCAGCAGCUUCCAGUCCACAAUGGACAGUGAUUCAGCCGCCUCUAUCAGCCUGAACGUGGAGCUGGACAACGUGAACUUCCAUAUCAAGAAGCACUCCAAGUACCCACAUGUGCCCCCUCACCCUGCCGACCAAAAAGAGUACUUGAAUCCUGAAAACGGAGGGCAGCAGAUGUUCUCUAUAAGUGAUGCUUUUAUUAAAGAGUCGUUAUUCAACAGGAGAGUGGAGGAGAAGUCCAAAGAACUCUUUUUCACGCCCCUUGGCUGGCACCACAGCAAUUUGGAUCUGCUGAGAGAAGAAAAUGGGGAGAAGCAAGCCAUGGAAAGGCUGCUGUCUGCUAAUCACAAUCACAUGAUGGCACUGCUUCAGCAGCUUCUGUACAAUGAGUCCCUGUCACUGUCCUGGAGGGAUAUCAUUGUACCUGUGGUCUGUCAGGUGGUUCAAACUGUACGGCCUGAUAUUAAGAACAGAGAUGAUGACAUGGAUAUCCGCCAGUUUGUGCACAUCAAAAAAAUCCCUGGUGGAAAGAAAUUUGACUCCAUGGUGGUAAAUGGAUUUGUUUGCACCAAGAAUGUUGCACACAAGAAGAUGAACUCUUGUUUAAAGAAUCCCAAAAUUCUUCUGCUGAAGUGCUCCAUUGAGUAUCUUUAUCGAGAAGAAACAAAGUUUACUUGCAUAGACCCUAUAGUACUUCAGGAAAGGGAGUUCUUGAAGAACUAUGUACAGCGGAUAGUUGAUGUCAGGCCUAACUUGGUCCUUGUUGAGAAGACUGUCUCCCGAAUUGCCCAGGACAUGCUCUUAGAGCAUGGCAUCACUCUUGUCAUCAAUGUCAAGCCGCAAGUGUUAGACCGGGUAAGUCGAAUGACCCAGGGAGACUUGGUGAUGUCUAUGGACCAACUGUUGACCAAACCACGUUUGGGAACCUGUCAUAAAUUCUAUAUGCAGGUUUUUCAAUUGCCCAGUGAACAGACAAAAACCCUGAUGUUCUUCGAAGGGUGUCCCCAACAUCUGGGUUGUACUAUUAAGUUGUGUGGUGCUGCAGAGUACGAGCUAGCCCGUGUGAAGGAGAUCCUGAUAUUCAUGAUCUGUGUGGCUUAUCAUUCCCAGCUGGAAAUCUCUUUCCUUAUGGACGAGUUUGCCAUGCCCCCUACUCUGACCAAAAACACCUCCUUUCACUCACUUAUUGAGGAGGCAGGAGAUGAAAACGAACAAGAAAACCUCUUUAAUGGUGAGGAUUUCAGCACAACAGUCAGAGACAUUGAACUAUCUUCUGAAAAGCUUCCUGUAAUCUCUGAGUCAGUGUCCUGUGAUGAAGCCAGCUUGCUUGAGCAAAGAGAUGUAUUUGAGAGAGUUGACCAAGAGAACAGUCAACUGGAAAUGGCAUCCUCAAAACAGCAAGAGCAUCACAAAGUGGAGUCCCCACCUCCAGUCUUCAAUGCUGUACCUUCUGCAAUACCUGAAAUGUCCCUGCUGCCUCUCCAUGGAAUGGACCAGCACUUGGUCACUCUGGAUAACCAGACACUAGAGCCUCUUCAACAGGCAGAUGAUCUGCAGGAGUCCAAAAGUCAGAUGAGAGUCUUCAGAGACCCUCUCCAGGAUGAUACUGGUUUAUAUGUCACGGAAGAGGUAACUUCAUCUGAAGAUCGUCUCAAGACUUACUCUGCAGCAUUUAAGCAGGAACUGAAAGAUGUCAUUCUCAGCAUUUCUCCUGUAAUGAUGUUCCGUGAACCAUUUCUUUUGACUGAGAAAGGUAUGAGGUGCCCUGCCCGGGAAUACUUCCCUGAGCAAGUUUAUUGGUCUCCUCUCCUCAAUAAGGAAUACAAGGAGCUGGAGAGCAGAAGGAAGAGACAAUUGUUGCGGGAUCUCUCUGGACUACAAGGGAUGAAUGGGAGUAUCCAAGCCAAGGCUAUCCAAAUUUUACCUUCUCACGAGUUGGUUAAUACUAGAAUAGCAGAACAUGUAGGUGAUAGUCAGAGCUUAGCCAGAAUGCUGGCUGACUAUCGGGCCAGAGGAGGAAGAAUACUUCAGAAGAGCACAGAUCCCUUUGCUCAGAGUAAGGAUGUAUCUAGUGUUCCUACUGGAAAAACUGGGUGCAGAACUGAAGAAGAUGAGAAGGGACUGGCUCAGACUGAAUCCUCAUGGUCUCAUAAGGUGGAUUGCCUGAGUCCAGUAAAUCAUCAAAGACUUUGUGUCCUCUUCAGUAGCUCUUCUGCUCAGUCCAGCAAUGCUCCAAGUGCCUGUGUUAGCCCCUGGAUUGUGACCAUGGAGUUCUAUGGGAAAAAUGACCUGACUCUAGGGAUUUUUCUGGAGAGGUACUGCUUCAGGCCUUCCUACCAAUGCCCCAGCAUGUUCUGUGAAACACCAAUGGUACACCACAUCCGUCGCUUUGUUCAUGGGCAAGGCUGUGUGCAGAUUGUGCUAAAGGAGCUGGACUCCCCAGUCCCUGGAUACCAGCACACCAUUCUUACUUACUCCUGGUGUAGACUGUGCAAACAGGUGACACCAGUUGUUCCCCUUUCCAAUGAUUCUUGGUCUAUGUCUUUUGCAAAAUACCUCGAGCUGAGAUUCUAUGGGCACCAGUAUACUCGAAGGGCCAACGCAGAGCCUUGUGGUCAUUCCAUUCACCAUGACUAUCACCAGUAUUUUUCCUACAAUCAGAUGGUGGCAUCUUUCAGCUACUCUCCAAUCCGGCUACUUGAAGUGUGUGUCCCGCUCCCCAAGAUCUACAUCAAAAGGCAGAGUCCAUCAAAAGUUACUAUCCUGCAGGAUCUAAAGGAUUUCUCUCAAAAAGUGUCACAAGUGUAUCUUGCUGUUGAUGAUCGCCUUGCUUCUCUGAAAACAGAUACUUUCAGCAAAACAAGGGAAGAGAAGAUGGAAGACCUCUUUGCCCAAAAGGAGAUGGAAGAGGGGGAGUUUCGAAACUGGACUGAGAAAAUCCAGGCAAGGCUGCUUUCAUCAUCUCUAGACACACCUCAACAGCUGCAAUCUGUUUUUGAGUCUCUGAUAGCUAAAAAGCAAGGACUUUGUGAGAUGCUACAAGCCUGGAACAAUAGAUUGCAGGAUCUCUUCCAACAAGAGAAAGGGAGAAAACGUCCAUCAGUUCCACCCAGUCCUGGGAGACUGAGGCAAGGUGAAGACAGCAAGAUCAGUAGCAUGGAUGCUUCCCCACGCAAUGCUUCUCCAGCACUGCAAAAUGGAGAGAAAGAGGAUCGUUUUAUGACUACUUUAUCAAGUCAGAGCUCCACAGGCUCCACUCAUCUUCAGCUGCCUACCCCUCCAGAGGUUGUAUCAGAGCAUAUGACUGGUGCCAGCACACUAUCUGAACAGGAUACAACAAGCAGCUCAGAAGAAGUGUUUGAUGGACACUCACUGGGAUCUACGGACAGCCAGGUGAAGGAGAAGUCUACUAUGAAAGCUAUUCUGGCUAACUUUUUGCCUGGGAACAACUAUAACCCCAUUCCAUUUCCCUUUGAACCAGAUAAGCACUACCUAAUGUAUGAGCAUGAACGUGUACCCAUUGCAGUCUGCGAGAAAGAACCAAGCUCCAUCAUAGCUUUUGCUCUGAGUUGCAAGGAGUACAGAAAUGCCCUGGAUGAUUUGUCUAAAGCAUCUCUGAAGAACAGUUCUGAAGAAGGUCUACAACCAAACAGCAUGUCAGACAGCAAAGCAAAGAGCAGUAGCCCUGUCCGCCUGCCUGAAGCUAACAUGGGUCCUUCAAAUCGUGGUGCAGAACCAGAACAACCAAAGAAGCCAUCUGGUGUUUUGUCUUUCUUCCGUGGCACUGGGGGAAAGAGCCCAGACCUGUCUUCCCAGAAGAAAGAGACCUUGCGUGGUGCUGACAGUGCCUACUACCAGGUUGGACAGAUGGGCAAGGAGGGAGCAGAAAACCAAGGAGCAGAGCCUCCAGAUGAUGUAGAUGGAGGAGAUGGACAGAAGAAACAGCUGGUGAAUCCCCAUGUGGAACUCCAAUUUUCAGAUGCAAAUGCCAAGUUCUACUGCCGGAUUUAUUACGCUGGAGAGUUUCACAAGAUGCGUGAAGUAAUCCUGGGGAGCAGUGAAGAGGAUUUCAUCCGAUCCCUCUCUCACUCUAUGCCCUGGCAGGCAAGAGGUGGCAAGUCUGGGGCUGCAUUUUAUGUGACUGAGGAUGACAGAUUCAUCUUGAAACAAAUGCCUCGUCUUGAAGUCCAGUCAUUCCUUGACUUUGCUCCACACUACUUCAUUUACAUCAUUAAUGCAGUUCAGCAGAAGAAGCCCACAGCACUAGCCAAAAUCCUUGGGGUAUAUCGAAUUGGAUACAAGAAUUCUCAAAACAACACUGAAAAGAAGCUAGAUCUGCUUGUCAUGGAAAACCUUUUCUAUGGCAGGAAAAUGGCUCAGGUGUUUGACCUGAAGGGCUCCCUCCGGAAUAGAAAUGUUAAAACAGACACAGGCAAGGAAAGCUGUGAUGUUGUCCUGCUGGAUGAGAACCUUCUGAAGAUGGUCCGGGACAAUCCUUUGUACAUCCGUUCCCAUUGCAAGGCUGUGCUGAGAGCUUCCAUACACAGUGAUUCCCAGUUCCUCUCUAGCCACCUCAUUAUUGAUUAUUCCCUGCUAGUGGGUCGUGAUGAUACCAACAAUGAGCUGGUUGUUGGAAUCAUUGACUAUAUUCGCACUUUUACAUGGGACAAAAAGCUUGAAAUGGUGGUGAAAUCAACUGGCAUCCUGGGAGGACAAGGUAAAAUGCCAACUGUGGUCUCUCCAGAACUCUACCGGACCAGGUUUUGUGAAGCUAUGGACAAGUAUUUCCUGAUGGUGCCAGAUCAUUGGACAGGACUGGGUCUGAAUUGCUAAGCUAAAGCCCAUAUUGGGAAAGCACAAGAGGACAAUGACAUAGGCCACUCUCUUCCUGUGGUCUGUCCAGCAGUAAGCAAGAGGAUUGCAGUUCCAUGUCUACACUGACCAUGUGCAUCAUGUUGUGAAGUGUGAAAUCUGCUCCUUGCACUUUAAUCCCUUCUUGGAGGUUGAUAAGUGAACCAGCCUCACUAAGCACCUGAGCUGAAAGGUACCACAUGAGAGAUGUUCCAUCUGUCAGUAGGGAGGAUGUUGCUGUUUCCAUGUAAAGGGACUGAAACAGAUAUUCUCAAGUUCAUGAUUGUUUAGAAGUACAUGAUCUCUGCAAGUCUUAGGCUGCCUAAGUGGUGUUGAAGAUGAGCAGUUCAUGUUUCUGUAGAGGAUGAGUGGUACUGCAAAUGUGAAGUAAAGCCCCUUCUUUGUAUGUGGGUGAGUGGGUGGGUGAGUGAGAGAAGCAUGAAGUUAAUUCUUGAGUUCCAGUAUUGUUAGAACUGUGUGUUGUUGACCUGUUCAGGAUCCAUGAAAAACUUGUCCUGCUUAAGCUUUCUAUUUUCAAUUUUUCCUGGGUUCUGUAGACAGUAUUUUUUCUUUAAAGGCAGCUCCACAACUGUAAUCACAUAAAACAGAAUCUUUUAAGUUAUAUUACUGCAGUAAACUCUGUGUCUAUCUGCAAUAACUUCAUUUUAGCUGAAUCUCAUAAAAAUGGGUUGUCAGUCAUCAGCAUACUGCAAAACCCAAAGGAAAUCUCUUCAGUCCUAAACAGUACUCUGAUCUGAAUGCUGCCCAAAUGCCUGGAAACAAUUAACUAUAAAAUACACUCUUUAACUACAUUUGAUUAAUUAUAGUUAUGAAGCUGAUUAACCCUUUCCUUAGCAGAUGGCACUAAGUUUCUAGACAAAACAAAGCAUACUGUGCCAGAGUGCUUUCUCCUUAAUGAAAAUAUCAUUUCUAGCAGAUCACUUCAUAUCCAUUUCACUUACCCAGGACUUUCAAACAAUGCAUUUACCUCAUGGUGAAAUUUUGCCAGGAAAAUGUUAUUCUUGCAUUCAUGACCUGCUGAUGAGAAUGAGCAUCCAGAUCUCAUCAUGCUGUGUUGUACCAAUGGAAAAACUGGCUCUUUAGCAGUAUUACAAUAUUUCUUUUGUACCACUGAGAUGAAUGUACUCAUCUUUUUCUGUAAAAAGAAAGAAUUGAACUAACAGGUAUCUUGUAUGAUGGAUAAGAUGUGCAGAGAUCUGUGAAUCUCUGUGUUAUGACAAUGAGCACUUCUUUCCAUUUUUAUUUUUACCUGGUUUUGUAGGUGAUGAGUUUACUUUUUAUCUUCAUUGUAGUAUAGGCCAGUAAAUUAGAGGCUUUUUUAUGAAUUUGAGAGGCAGGAAUACUGUUCUUUGACUUCCAGUCUGAUGGAAGUAUUUCAAAUAAACAUGGAGUCUGGGACACUGUAUCUCUAUGGCCACUUGUUCAUUCUAACCAGUUGCCUGGUAAUACCAUCUUUGCUGUAACUAUGGAUUGAAGUGUCUAUUUAUUUCACUUCUGUGGUGUUCAGUAUUUUCUUCUGCAGCAGAUGGUGGUGGCUCUGUUCAGGGGUGACAGCUGGGGUAGUGCUGAGAAAGGAAAAUGCCAGAAGUGAGAAUUGAACCAUUGGGUCAAAGAAAAAAAAAAAAAGUGUGAGGGGUUGCCAGGGGGCAACAGUUACUUGUUUUGGAAGAAGUCUUCUCUAUCCCAUUGCAAAGUUUUACUGAAGGAUGAGCAAAGAUGCUGACCUUAAAGCAGCAGAAAUGAGAAGUAUUCCCUCUUCCUCUUUUGCAGUGUAACUGGAGUUUUUGGGGGUGCAGUGUUGAAGGCUGCACUGAGUUUUGCUGUGGAAAGAUGACAUAGUACUACUUGCUUUCAUUGGCCCAGAAUCCUUUUUGUCCAACACAGUCCAUCAGGUACAGAUGACCACUUCCAUGCAUCUUGCUUCAGGUGCAAAAAUGUUACCCUAGUAUGGGAGUUGGGGUGGGAGGCUUGCAUAAUUAGGAACCACCCAGUCUGUCAUCUCAGCGCUACUCUCACUUCUGUGGCUUCUGCUUUCUCUCUUGGUCAAUCAAGAGUAUGGCAUGCACCCUGAAUCUGUUCCAGUCUCUGUUAAAGUUUACAAGUGUCCUUCUGCCUUCCUCCCCUAAAGUUUACAGGGAAAAAUCUUGACUUGCCUGACCAGCUAAGGUGACUCAGAAGCAGCUGGGUAGGUUAUCUUCCACCUGAGUAUGUGGGUUGGUUGAUGGAGCAUGAAUAUGGGCAGUGUCAUGGCAUCUCCAUUAGGCUAAAACAGAGCUCUGAUGUGUUAGCCUUUUUCUGUCACAAGUAACCCUUACUCCAGUCAUGUGUGGCUGCUUUGUAUUGCUCAUCUUCAGAGUUUCAAGCAGAUGGCUACAAAGCAAUGUGAUGAUCUAACUGUAGCUGAUGUUCUCCUGUACAUGACAGCAUGAGGCCCUCAGCGCUGUGAAAGAGAGAACCUUCCACUGGCCAGCUCUUUUGUAGCCUCUGAGGACAGGUCCUGACGUGUGGGUUUUGAGUUUCUUGUGCUGAAGUUACAACAGUUGGAGAGAUUUGCAGGACUGGUCUUGAGUUGGCAUAAACAGCUAACUUUGGGUGACUGAUAAAGUCCUGCCUGGGUUGGAGUAAAUAGCACAGUGGUCAUGGGUACCACAGUAUCUGCAGCAUCAGAUGGAAAUGAGACAUUUUUGGGUGCCACGUGACAAAGUUGCAAGCAUUUCUAUUUCAAAUCCCAGCAGCUGAACAGAUCUCAAACAUUAUUUUUUCAGAAUAAUUGUCCUUGGCAUUUCUCUUGCUACAAAGUUGACUUUCUCAUAGAGAGAGCAUUACUUCAUGCAGAAGAAGUCUAUGAGAGAGCUUUGUAUGGGGCUGUGUUUUUAUUUCCAACACAGGUUUAGCAUAUGUGUGUGUAAGCAAAUCCAGGUUGCAAACCUGAAGAAGGCAUUUCUCCAGAGCUACACUGGUUCUUUUUCUUCUGUUGUUUUGAUCUGAGGCUUUGUGACAGAUGUCUAAACCUUGUCACAGUCAGAAGUGAUGACUUGCUUUAUGUCACUGUAUACAGCAGAAUGCCUGGUAGUGGCCCAGCAAUGCAUUCUGUCCCCCAAAAGCACAUGAGGGACUCUUGCUGGGCUCAGGGGAGUUUCUUGUGUGGCAUGGACUGUCCUUUAGGAGAACGACUAAAGCCAGAUGAAUGGCUCAUAGCAGGUGGCCAGACUAAUCAUUAUUUAGAGCACUUGAUGUACCAUAAUGUAUAUAUUUCUAAUCUACUUUAGUUCAGCUGUAUUUUAUAGAAUUGUUGUACUAAACUAUUUAAGGAUAACUGCCUUGACUACCUGGAGAUUCAAAAUGUAAUGUAUAUAAAUACAAAUAAAGCGA